AUGACGUUUUCCUUCAAUCAAGGAUCCGGAAGGACCUUUACAUCGCUUUGGAUGCGUAUCAGUAGUCCACCUCGAUUAAAACAGGAAUCAAGGAACGCCACUGCCCUCUCUUAUCUCCGCCACCUUACCAUGUAUGUGGAGAGAUAUCUUGGCGACAUUUCCUGGCCCUUAGCUUCCCUCUCUGCCAUUUCGGUCACGGCUCUGCUUGUCUAUGUCGGAUUGUUCAGGCGUGUCCAGGCGCGACGCGUACUGAGGAAGCGCUCUUUGGAUGCUGACCAUUGGGCUGCGACCAACUCGGUUUAUUUCAUAAGCCUAUUGUCCCUUGAGGCCCUCGCAAUCCAUACGUUUAAUGUCCUCGUCAUGCGAUGGCGGGCACUCUGGUUGUCCAUUGUUAUCAUCUCCCCCAUUUGGAUCUUCCCCGCCCUGAACGUUGGCCUGAGCACUGCUAUACAUCCGGGGAACUACUAUGGGAAUACAGGAUACUGUGGGCUCUAUUUCUUGGUCCUUCUCAUUGACCCAUUACGUGUAGGGUGUUGGAUUCGAGAUGAAUAUGGCGCUAAGUGA